AUGCACAGUGGAAUAAAUGAUCAAUCCUUUUCACAGACUGAAAAUGUCAUGCCUGCAAUUGACCAUGGUCAAGUCAUCGACUACAUUAUCGAAAGAGGGAAAUAUACGUGGAAGGAUGAAGAAACGAGGGAGCUGGUUGAUGAGUAUUUCAUCAACAGUCGAGAAACUUCAUCCUUCUUCGUUGGGCUGCAAUUGUCCCUGGUAAAGGCGAAGAUCUACCAGCGUAAUAUUGGCGUAGCGUUACAGGGCAUAACGCCUGAAAAACCUCUUAGCGACGCUCAGUACAGGAAGGUUAAGAAAAAGUUCAAGGAUUAUAAGAUGGCUGAGAAUCCCUUUAAGGAUUUUGAAAAGAAUAUUGAGCCCCUCUGCGAACGACAUAAACAACUGUUGAAGAAAUUAAAGAAUAAAAUGAAGGAAUUUGAGGAGGAGGAAUUGCAAAUGGAGGAAUUGCAUGAACAGCUACUGAAGAAUCAAACGGAGGAGGAACUGAAGCCCAAAUCCGGGAGCAAAUACUGGAGUGUUUGGAAGGUGAUUUCUGUGGCAACAGCAGCGGCGGUGGUGGCUCUCUUGGUGGCGGCAGUCGUCUUUGUGCCGACUGCACCAGUCACACUGAUGGUCCCAGCGAUCGACAAAAUAUGUUGUUCCAUUGCAUCGACAGUCCCUGGCAACCUCUCGAAAGAUAAAACUGUGGCAAUUGAGGCAGAGAAGAAGAGGGAAGAAGCGGAAAAGAAGCGGGCAGAAGCAAAGAAGAAGAUAACAGAAGCGAAGAAGAUUAUAGACACAGUGGACAUGAGUAUGUUUGUAACAUUGCAGACACUAGAUGAAGCAAAGUGUUCAAAGAAACGGCUGAUCGUUGCCAUCACUUCGAUUAACGGUCACAUCGACAUCUGUUUGCAGGGCAAGGAAUAUGUGCUCUCUUGUGUGGACGAGAUCAACAAGGAACAGAAGGGGUUUGUUGAUAAGCUCGACCGUCUUCAAGAUGAUGUGGGGAAGUACUGCGAUGGCCUCCACGAGAGGAGGGAGGCUCUUAUUCCCAUGAUAGCCAGCUACAUUUGA